GACUGGAGGAGGGGGCGCGGUCUCAGUUCUGCCACCUUCCUCCCGGCCGGGAGCGCAGCCGCCGCCGCCGCCGCCGCCGCGUCCUCUCAGCCUUGCGCUCCGCCCGCUGCCUCUGCCGCCGCAGCCCGGCCCAGGAGCGCAGAGCCUUGGGCACCGGCCCCGCAGCCUAACCACCCUUCGGGCCGCGUGCACUGCAGCCGGCAUGGGGGGCGACUAAGAGCGGGCACUCCUUCCCUCUGGUACCUCCCCCGGUCCCUGGCCACUGGACUCCGGCCAGCGAACCUCGGGCACCUCUGGCCCCCAGUCCGGCGCCUGGCACGGCCCUCUGCUCUGACCCUCCGGCUCUGAGCACCGUGUCCCCACCCCCCCCGCCCGUGCCUGGGACACCUGGGUCCCCCGGCGGCCCCGAGCAGAGGGGCGGGGGGGGGGCAUGAAGCCGCUGGAGAAAUUUCUGAAGAAGCAGACGUCGCAGCUGGCGGGGCGAACGGUGGCGGGAGGUCCCGGCGGGGGUCCGGGGAGCUGCGGCGGGCCUGGAGGGGGUGGGGGACCUGGCGGGGGCGGCGGUCUAGCCGGGGGACCGCGGCCGCUGCAGCGGCGUCAGAGCGUGUCUCGCCUGCUGCUCCCAGCUUUCCUCCGGGAGCCCCUCGCCGAGCCGGGUCUGGAGCCGCCCCCAGAGGAGGACGGAGGAGAGCCGGCGGGGGUCGCGGAGGAUCUCGGCAGCGGGGGGCCCUGUUGGCUGCAGCUGGAGGAGGUGCCGGGGCCCGGGCCUCUCGGGGGAGGGGGGCCCCUGCGCUCCCCUUCCUCAUACUCCUCAGACGAGCUGUCCCCGGGCGAGCCUCUGACUUCCCCACCCUGGGCCCCCCUGGGCGCCCCCGAGCGGCCGGAGCAUCUUCUGAACCGGGUUCUGGAGCGGCUGGCCGGAGGGGCCACCAGGGACAGCGCCGCCUCAGAUAUCCUGCUGGAUGACAUCGUCCUCACCCAUUCUCUCUUCCUUCCCACGGAGAAGUUCCUGCAGGAGCUACACCAGUACUUUGUUUGGGCAGGAGGCAGAGGGCCCGAGGGGCUUGGCCGGAAGCAGGCCUUAGCCAUGCUCCUUCAUUUCUUGGACACCUACCAGGGGCUGCUGCAGGAGGAAGAGGGGGCUGGCCGCAUCAUCAAGGAUCUGUACCUGCUGAUUAUGAAGGAUGAGUCCCUUUACCAGGACCUCCGAGAGGACACACUGAGGCUGCACCAGCUUGUGGAAACAGUGGAGCUAAAGAUCCCUGACGAGAGCCAGCUGCCCAGCAAGCAGGUGAAGCCACUCUUCCGCCACUUCCGUCGGAUAGACUCCUGUCUGCAGACCCGCGUGGCCUUCCGGGGUUCCGAUGAGAUCUUCUGCCGGGUCUACAUGCCUGACCACUCCUACGUGACCAUACGCAGCCGCCUCUCAGCAUCUGUGCAGGACAUUCUGGGCUCUGUGACGGAGAAAUUGCAGUAUUCAGAGGAGCCUGCGGGGCGUGAGGAUUCCCUCAUCCUGGUAGCUGUGGCCUCCUCAGGAGAGAAGGUCCUUCUCCAGCCGACCGAAGACUGUGUCUUCACCACGCUGGGCAUCAACAGCCACCUGUUUGCCUGUACCCGAGACAGCUAUGAGGCCCUGGUGCCCCUCCCCGAGGAGAUCCAGGUCUCCCCUGGAGACACAGAGAUCCACCGAGGGGAGCCUGAGGACGUCGCCAACAACCUUACUGCCUUCCACUGGGAGCUGUUCCGCUGUGUGCACGAGCUGGAGUUCGUGGACUACGUGUUCCACGGGGAGCGCGGCCGCCGGGAAACGGCCAACCUGGAGCUGCUGCUGCAGCGCUGCAGCGAGGUCACGCACUGGGUGGCCACCGAGGUGCUGCUCUGCGAGGCCCCGGGCAAGCGCGCGCAGCUGCUCAAGAAGUUCAUCAAGAUCGCGGCCAUCUGCAAGCAGAACCAGGACCUGCUGUCCUUUUUCGCCGUGGUCAUGGGGCUGGACAACGCCGCGGUCAGCCGCCUGAGGCUCACCUGGGAGAAGCUGCCAGGGAAAUUCAAGAACUUGUUCCGCAAAUUUGAGAACCUGACAGACCCCUGCAGGAACCACAAAAGCUACCGAGAAGUGAUCUCCAAGAUGAAACCCCCUGUGAUUCCUUUCGUGCCUCUGAUCCUCAAAGACCUGACUUUCCUGCACGAGGGGAGUAAGACCCUUGUAGAUGGUUUGGUGAACAUAGAGAAGCUGCAUUCAGUGGCCGAAAAAGUGAGAACCGUCCGCAAAUACCGGAGCCGGCCCCUUUGCCUUGAUAUGGAGGCCUCCCCGCAUCACCUGCAGACCAAGGCCUACGUGCGCCAGUUCCAGGUCAUCGACAACCAGAACCUCCUUUUCGAGCUCUCCUACAAGCUGGAGGCCAAUAGUCAGUGAGAACGGAGGCUCUGGCUGGCCCUUCACCAGGGUCCUCGGGCACCUGGCACUCAAGCACUUUGCACAACGUCCCAACCCACAUCUGACCUCUGUCCCCGGGAGCAGGAAAGAGUUGGGUGGACUUAGCCCUGGACUCAUAAGCCUGUUCAUCCUGCUGAAGUCCUCUCCGCCUUGCUCCUUCAAGCCCAAACCACACUCUGCUGGUGCCUGCCCUCCCAGGGAAAGGGGGCGGAGAGCUCCUUCCCCAGCCCCUCCCAUAGAGGUCUGUUCCGAAGAUGGAGUUCCCAGCCUCCUCUUCCCAAGCAGACAGGAAAGCUGCCCCCCUUCCCAUCUCGCAGAGCGAGUUACGGGAGGGAUUGGUGUCCUUCCUCUCCACCACCUGCCGGGCUUCUCCAUGGUCAGGGCUGGGACCCCUAGAUGGACCCCCGAAUAUUAUAUUUACCUUGUGUCUGUGCGGGUGUACGCGUGCGUGUGUGUGCAGAUGUGUGCGCCCCCUUUGAAGGAGCAGGAGUGCAUCUGGUAGUUGAGGGAGGGUGUUGUGUGUGCCGGGGAGGGGGUCCUUCUGUUUGGUGCUACCCUUGUCUACUCUGCCCCUGGGACGGUGUGGGGUGCUUUCCCCGCCCCACCACUCCCUGCCCAGCUCCUCUGCUGCCCUGCAUGUCCAGGCUUUUGGGUGAAGCUUCUCGGGAGGGCAAGGCGCAGCAGCAGACGGGAGGGUUACCCAUUAGCCCUUAGGAUUUCCCCCCUCAGGCCUCCCAAAGGUCCCUGGGUGGGCUCCCAUGAGAGGGUAGAAGAUGCUCAGGGAAACACCGGCCUAAGCUGCCUAUUGGACCCUCCGUCUGCAUUGCAGGGGGGUGAGGUGUGGCAGUGUCAGGGUUGGGGUGCCUGCUGUCCAUACUCCUGCUGUUGGGGUGUCUCACUGCUGAGCAGGGAGUUGUCACCUCCCUUCUGGCUCUUCUGUGGGAUACCAACACAUGGUCUCAUCCUCCUCCCUGUCUUGACUCCCCCUUGGUCCUUCCCAUCCAAGCUGGGGUGGGGUGGACCCCUGUACCUGGGGCAGGCAGCCCCCCAGCGUGGGGAAGGAAACGACAGAGACUGGAAAGGUAAAACUGGGCUCUGGCGAUGCCUUUAUUACCUCUCUGUCUCCCCUCCGUCUCCCAUCACGGGCCUCCAGGGCUGAGGGGUGCAGGGCUCCCGGCAGCUACGGUGUGAGGUUUCCUGGUGCAGCCUCACCCUCCUUUCUGGCACCACCUCUUUCCCUUCCGAAGAGGCAGCAGCCAAAGCAGCCAAAGCAGCUGCCGUUCCUAUUCUGAGAGUGUACAUAUUUUUUACCAAAAGCUCGGGAAUUGUAAAUUUAUUUUUUAAAACUCAAAGGGGGAAAGAGCCUUGUAUCAUAUGUAAACAGUGUAUCAUAGGUUAUGUUGUACAGUCCCUUUUAUACAGCGGUCUGUCUUGCUCCUGCCCCCCAAAAAUGUCUACAGACUCCCCACCCCCAGCACAUUCGCAGGUGCUGUGUCCCACCCCCUCCAUCCCUUACAGACAAGGACCUCUGUCUAUCUACUCCUCCCUGCUCCUGCUGAUGUGCCCUCCUCCCCCUGCAGCCGCGCUUCCUCCCGACCCCUCUCAGCAGCCUUGUCACUCCAGCUCUCACCAUCCUCCCCAAACCCUGGGGCCCACUGGUCCAGUCUCGGCUGCUGCCCGCCCCUAGCCUUGACGCCUGCCCUGCUGCCGCCCAGGGACCUCCUGGACGCCUUCCUGUGCCCCACAGCUUUACCAGAGUGAAACGUGUGUACUGUACAGGCUCGGUUGUCAUUGCAGAAACCUCCCGGUGGAGUAAAAGCUGAUAAAAGUCUAUG